CAAGAUUGAAAUUUGAUGCUUAAGAAUUGCCCAAACUUGAUUAUGUUUUGUGUAGUUUGACAGUUCCCUCUUGUAUGUUGUCUUAUUAAAGGGUAUGUGCAUCUGGUCGUUUCUUGGAUUAUAUUAGUCUUCAGUCUGGUUGUAGUUAAAAGGCCAUUUGAUGUAAAAGAAUACUAAUUUACAAAGUGAAAGUUUUGAACUUUAAGCAAAACGGAGGAAAGACAUAAGAAAGAUUGUUAGUCCAAAUGACUUCGUUGUAUCUCCAAAGCGGACGAAUUCCUUUUUGAACACUAAAUUGCCCUGUGGUUCUAAUGCGAGUUAAAGAGAUAAAUUAACUUUUGUUGGUUUUCCGUUUCUUUGCUAUUAAUCUAGGUAAAAGCUGCAUAGGUUCCAUUGAAGCAAUGGAAGUUUACUGGCCUAGUAAUUUAAGCUAAUCUCUUGCCUUUAUGCUCAUAGAAUUUAAUGAUUGAGUUAUGAAAUUACUCUCAAUUUAUGUGGACGAGUCUGUUAGGUAAUCAAUGGGAAUUCCAGAUGAUAACAAAAGGUGGAUUUGGAUUAUAUUAGCCAGACGCUGGCAUCUGAAUUCGUGUUAUCUAGUUUCUGUUGUUUAGCCUUUGUAUAAAAAAUCUUUCUUUUAGUGGUUAUGAACUUCCCAACACAGCUUUUUCCAAACCGUAAUAUUUACACGCAGAAUGAAUGAAUAUUCUUAUUCCUUGACAUAGUGGUUGGUGUGGAAUAGACUCUAUUUCUCACUUUGCAAAUGUUCGCCACUUUGCAACUAUUUGGAGAAAAUGAAAUUAAGGUUAUUCUUACUAGAAUAUUUUAUCAUUUCUGUUUCUUGGCUGGUGCAAUUGGUAGUAAUAUUUUUCCAGUGCUCGUAGAUUUCCUGUUUCUUUGUGAUCUGUCAGUGAGGGAGGGGGCCUUCUUCAGAAGGUAUGGCUAUUACCAAGGAUGGUACAAGUCCAAGAAUUUUGAGAUUCUUAUGAUUUUAAUGCAUAAAUCUCGGAUCAUUCCUGAUUUCAAGUAAAUUGAAAUUGCAGGUGAAUAAUCAGAUAAAUCGCGAUGUACUUUGAUCUUGAUAUUCAGAUUUAAAUUAAAAUAUUGAUGUCUACUUUACUUAGCACUCUAUAAUUUCAGCAAAAGUUUAUUCCUUGAGUUUUUGCCAAUAGGGGGUUGCCACAUGAUUCCCUCUCCCCCUCUCUCAGUUGCUGAUAGGUGCUUUCCUUCAACUAGCAUAAAACGAUUGACUUUGUAAAUUGUCAGUUUUGUGUUCUGAAACUUAUACUAUGUCCUUCAUGCUUGCAGAUGAGUGGAGGGGAUCUUGGAGUGUCUGCUUUUCCUGAAGGCGAAAAUAUAUUUACAUGGGUUGGCACCAUUGAGGGUGGUAAAGGAACUAUGUAUGAUGGCCUAUCUUACAAGCUUUCUUUACGUUUUCCAAUCGAUUAUCCUUUCAAGCCUCCGCAAGUAAAGUUCGAGACAAUGUGUUUCCAUCCAAAUGUUGAUCAGUAUGGGAAUAUCUGCUUGGACAUUUUACAGGACAAGUGGUCUUCAGCUUAUGAUUGCAGAACAAUUCUUCUAUCAAUACAGAGUCUGUUAGGAGAACCCAAUAAUGAAAGUCCUCUCAACAGCUCGGCUGCGGCACUUUGGAAGAUUCCCGAAGAUUAUAGGAAGAUGGUCCGGAAAUAUCAUAUGAGUGGAGAAGCAUUUGAGAGCUGAUUGGCAUUAUAUUCGUGUCUAGAAGACGGUAGUCCGCAAUCUCCACCGCUUGCAGCAAGCCUCUGUAGCACACUAUAUUUCCUGCUUUUGAUAGAGAGGUAGGACUUUCCACAUAUGAUGUAGAGAAACGUUCUGUGAAAAGUUACAAUUUUAGAGCAUGAUUCUGCUCUGAUGAGUCCUUGUAAAUUAUUUGGAACCUAUAUCUUCGUGUAUAAUUCAUGUUCUCUGUCUGCUCUGCAAACAAUUUGUUUUGUUGAUGUUAUUACAACUGUAACCUACAUGUCUGAUGUAUAGUUCGUUCAUAUGGAGGCGAAAAAUGCAUUCUUGAAACUAUUUUUUCUAAUGGUUUGGAACGCAUACGCUGUGUUGUGUAUGCAGAAUUGUAUUUAUUGAAGUAAAAUGGUUCUUCCAGAAAGGGUCAAUAAUAAUAAAAGUUCCAUCCAACAAAAUCAAUUUUCUCACUUUGUGGUUAUUAAUAUUUAUAAAUGAAACGAAUGGAACAAGAC